GCCUCAUCUGAAGUCAAUUGACGAAGAUCACAAGAGUGUGUCAUGAGUGCUUCCAACGAUGCCGACCGCCAAAUCAAGCAAAUGGUGAACUUUAUCUUGCAGGAAGCGCAAGAAAAGGCGAACGAGAUCCGUAUUAAGACGGAACACGAUUUCAACUUGGAAAAGCAAAUGUUGGUGCACAAUGCGAAGUUGAAGAUCCAAGAAGAGUAUGCCCGCAAGGAGAAGGAGCGUGAAAUUAACAAGCGCAUUUCCCGGUCGGCUGAAAUUGGCGCGUCCCGCCGCAAGAAGAUGAUUGCCCGCGAAGAACUCUUGCAGGCGUUGAUCACGGAAGGCAAGGCCCGAUGCGCUGAAGCCACGAAUAACGAAGCGUCGUAUCGUACGUUGCUUCGCGACUUGGCCGUCCAGGGUCUGAUCAAGUUGCAUGAGACUGAGGUCAUGAUUGUCGUGCGAAACAAGGACGUGCGCUUGGUGGAAAGCUUGUUGCCCGAAAUCUUGUCCAACUAUGCGCAAAUCCUCAAGCGUGAAACUGGCUUGGACGUGAGCAAGACCGCCUUGACCGUGUGCAAAGAGGAGCGACAGCUCCUCCCUGCGACCUCGGCCGGCGGGGUCAAGCUGGUGGCGCGCCAAGGCAAGAUCGUGUGCGACAACACAUUGGACACGCGUUUAAUGCAAGUCAACUACGAACAAAAGCCCAAGAUCCGCCAAAUGUUGUUCCCCGAAGUCAAGAAAUAGGUGCUUCUCGCACUUUGCAUGGGCCGCGACCGACAUGGCCCUGUCCGCCUCGAGUCUGCCCAAGUUGAUCUGCUCCUCUGGUUAACGUAAUGCAAGUCAAACAUGGUGGGCAGUGUUGCAAAGACAAAAA